AUGCAGAUCGUCAACUGUUUCGCAGCUGCGGUCGCGCUUGGCCUGGUCAGCGCUUCACGUGGUUACCAAAACGCUUCCAUCGUAAGUCUUCGCAACGACUUUCAGGACAAUCGUCAAGCUGAACAGAGACAUAGNAACUACCCAGACUAUGGCUUUCCCUUGCUGCAGGAUGCCAACAGUACUGAACUGCUGUUUCCUAUGCCAGCAUGUCACGGCUUUGUGAUUGCAGAGAAGAGCAUUGAGGAGCUCCAAGAAUACAUGACCGCUGGAAAUCUCACCUCGGUGCAGCUAACCACCUGCUAUCUGCAGAGACUUUUCCAAACUCGCGAUUACAUCAAUCCGAUCAUCGAGGUAAAUCCCGAUGUCUUCGAUAUUGCUGCGGCGAUGGACGAGGAGCGCCGUCAUGGCAAGGUCCGCGGACCUCUGCAUGGCAUUCCAUUUGCGGUCAAGGACAAGUACAAUUUCAGCCCUCCCGUUUUGUGUUCUGAAACUGACCAUGUCGCNAGUAUUGCCACCAAGGACAAGAUGCAGACGACCGCUGGGUCGUGGGCUUUGCAAGGAUGCAUUGUGCCUCGUGAUGCCUACGUAGUGAGCAACCUUCGUGCAGCUGGUGCCGUGCUGCUCGGCAAGGCCACUUUGUCCGAGUGGGCAGACAUGCGUUCCAACUACUACUCGGAAGGAUACUCUGGCCGUGGUUACCAAUGCAGGUCUGCAUAUAACCUUACCGUCAACCCAGGAGGCAGCAGUUCUGGAAGCGGUGUUGGUGUCGGAGCCAACGUCUUUCCCUUCGCCCUCGGAACCGAGACAGAUGGCUCGGUGAUCAAUCCAGCUCAGCGCAACGCCAUCGUUGGUUUCAAACCGACCGUUGGCCUGACUUCUCGUGGUGGCGUCAUCCCUGAGUCCCUGAACCAGGACACCGUAGGUGCUUUUGGCAAGACUGUUCGCGAUGUGACUUAUGUUCUCGAUGCCAUUCAUGGUGUGGAUGUUCACGACAAUGAAACCUCUGCUCAGGUUGGCAAGACGCCCAAGGGCGGGUAUGCACAGUUCUUGACGAACAGAACCGCACUCAAGGGAGCCACUUUUGGCAUUCCCUGGAACAGCUUCUGGGUCUAUGCCGAUGCUCACCAGCAGGAGGUUCUCCUUGACCUCGUCUCCCUGAUCGAGUCUGCUGGUGCCACCAUCGUCAAUAACACUGAGCUUCCGUACUACAAGACCAUCGUGUCUCCCGAUGGUUGGAACUGGGACUAUGGUAGCACUCGUGGCUAUCCCAAUGAGAGCGAGUACACCUACAUCAAGGUCGACUUCUACAACAACAUCCGCACCUACCUGGCCGACCUCAACAACACAAACAUUCGCUCGCUCGAAGAUCUCGUGCAGUUCAACUACGACAAUGACGGCACCGAAGGUGGUUACCCUUAUGCCAACGGCAGCGGUAUCCCAGCCUUUACUUCUGGCCAAGAUGGCUUCCUGGCCUCUCUAGCCACCAAAGGAGAAAAGAACGCGACGUACUGGUCCGCACUCAACUUCUGCCGCUACACAACCCGCGAGGCAGGCAUCGAUGCCGUGCUAGCCAUGGGACCCAACAAUACUCAACUCGACGGUCUCCUGGUGCCUCCAGAUGUCGCUCAGGCACCCCAGAUUGCCGCUCAGGCUGGCUACCCGAUGCUGACUCUGCCCGCCGGCACCCACGAGAACGGUAUGCCCUUUGGUCUGGCAAUCAUGCAGACGGCAUUUGCAGAGGACAAGCUCGUCAAGUGGGGGUCUGCGAUUGAGGAUCUGCAGGUCAGUUCCAACACGCCUCACAAGAGGACGUUGCCUCAAUGGCGUGACUAUCUGGUCAGAAACAUUCCUGUCACUUGA